UGGCCCAGUAUCUUUUCCCUCCGACGUUCACCAGGUUGAAAAGGAAAAUCGGCAUGAACGAGCCCGUUCUACCGAACUUGAAAAUAACCACUGUGGGAGAAGAGUGCAUGGUGCUGUGUCAGACGCUGCUUCAUCAAUAUGGAUUCUGGUUAGCCAUCGUGACAUGAAUCCGUCAACGAGUCUUCACCUUGCCAGACAUAUAAUUUGCAUGCGGAAAUGUAGAAUUUCCAGACCCGUGGUCGAGGUCUAGAAGACGAAAAUUUUCCGAAUCAUACGGGUCUGGCGAGCCGCUGGAACGACCGGAUACCGCUCACCGUUUAGAAAAAGAGACGGUUAAUAAAGGGUUCACGACGGGCCUCAACCCCUUCUUUCUUCAACCCCGGACCACUUUUACUUCAGAUUGAAAGAUGCUAAAGAUUGCUCUCUCCGUUGCGAGCGUCGUACUCGCCCUCGCUCAGCUUGGGAAUGCUGCAAACGGACCAGCUUUUAGUACUGGACCCGUUGGGGCUGGAUCUUGGAUUCGUGAAGCUACAGCUACCCUUGUCGUUCCUCAAUCGCCAAACCCGGUCGUUGGAAAUACGGUCCUUUGGGUGGGUAUGGGUACGGACAAGGGUGAUUUGAUUCAAGGUAUCAAUAACAACUACCCAAAGGAUACGCUUGGCGAUGCGUGCAGCAAUCUUGGUAGUAACUGGUGUGUUGCGGCCUAUACGUUGGCAAAGACUGGAGAUAACUCGCAGACGAGUAUAUCUGGACCGAAGGCGAACAGCCAACCCGGACAACAGGUUACAAUGCAUUACAAAUAUAACGAUGCCACCCAGCAAUACGAUCAGGAUCUUUCGGUCAACGGUAGAGUCGUUUCAACAAUCUCUUCCAGCAAGGGACAUAAAGCCAUGGGGUGGGGAACUGCUCUCGAGUGCACCACAAAGCCUUGCGGUACCGUUCCAGCACAUGCGUGGAAUAAUGUUAAGAUCACUCUGAAUACACCCGACCCCAACUAUAUCCGGACAAACUGGAAAGGACCGGGUGUUACGGGUAACUUGGUCACUAACGAUGGUGGAAAGACGUGGACUGUUGAUAGAAUUAGCAUCCCUCAGUAUACGUGUUGAACUUAUCGUUUAACAUGUGACCGUGUCAGUCACAAGACUUAGACACAAGACUCCAUAGACAUUAGUAGUUACUCAUGUACAUACGUCUGUCACUAUAUUUACACUAUCAUUCACAUGGAUAGUUUACUUAUCUACCAAUAGCUUAUAGACCUC